UAUGUUUUGGAAAUGGAAAAGAGUGGGGAUUAAAAUUGAAAGAUGGUAAUACAUAUAACUAACCGUGAACUGUGAUAACUUUCAUCCUCUUGACCUUCAUACUUCUAAAUCUUUCCUACAAGUUUGAGACAUCAAAAUGUCUCUAAUUUACCGAAAAACCAUUCAAAUUGCAGACAAAUUCGUCCCUACCAAGUUUCAGCCACUCUGGAAUCAUCCUGCAGGUCCUAAAACAAUUUUCUUCUGGGCUCCUGCUUUCAAAUGGGGCCUGGUGAUCGCAGGUAUCGGAGACUUGACGCGCCCAGCUGACAAGCUCAGUGUGCCUCAGUCCUCUGCAUUGGCUGCCACUGGCAUCAUCUGGAGCCGCUACUCCCUUGUCAUCAUCCCCAAGAACUGGAGCUUAUUCAGUGUCAAUGUCUUUGUGGCAGCCACCAGCCUUUACCAGCUCUUCCGAGCUGUCAGUUACCAGCAGUCAUUGCCUAAAGAAUCCAAAGCAGAAGUGAAGGCGAUUGCCCCUUGAAAAGAUGUGAAUGAAACUGGUAUUUGCACCCCAUAUAGGCUACCAUGGUAAAAUUCUUCCAUGAUUCUCAACAAUCUCAGUCCUUGCACAAUCUAAUAAUAAAUUGUAACUAAUGCAAUUUUUUUUAUGUUAAAAUAAUUAGUAAUUUGUCAUUUAUAUUAGAAAGUUUUACAGGGAAAAGUAUACAUUAGGCUAUUUUAUUUUAGUUCUUAGAUACCUACAGGUUUUAGUUAAGCUUUUGCCGAAUGCAUCUGUUAAGUUUUUGUUUUUUAAACCCCAAUUUUAUGAAGUAAAGUUAUAAAUGAUUUGUUUUUGUUAUGUAGUUAAUCAAUUUAAAUGAGGGUAACGUUGUAUAAAUAACUGUGAAGAUUGCUAAAGUAUUUUUGUUGUGUUUUGGUACAUAGAGAUAGGUAUAAUUAACAAUGUUUUAGAUUUAACCUUUAAGUUGGAAUAUUUCUUGUUGAAUAAAUCAUAAAACUAUGGUUGUUUUUAUCAUUAUAAUAAAUAUAUUGAUCUGUUAAUUCAAUAACACUCUUAGGGAUACUACAUUCCGAAUUAGAAUAAACUUUAUAGAUAUCAAAUAUCUUGAUCUAAGAGGUCGCAAAUUGUUUUGUUAUUACAAAUUUAUUUGUUGAGUUUACAAAAAAUAAAAGCAAAUAUUUUUGUAUAGUA